AGCAUUAGAUUUAUUCAAACUUACUGUCUCAGAUAAUAUAUAAUUGUCAUAUGGCACAGGUGACACAUGGAUUUGGAGUCCAAGCUUCUGAACUUUAUAUUCAAGAAGUUUUGAAUUUUUUCAGUAAGAUAAAAAUGCCCCCUUUUCAGUGACUUUUAUCUGAACAAGUUCCUGAGGGUAAAGUAGGCAAUUUACAGAAGGAAUGUGUUCUGUCUUACAGAUAAUAUUUUGCUGACGUCCACUAGAGUUAAACUCUGAAAUAUCAUUUUCUUGAUCAUUUUUAUAACCAUUUAGAAUAAGAACAAAGAAGAAUGGAUGAAGAAAAUUGCUCCUCCUUGACUGAAUUCCACUUCGUGGGAAUUACUAAUAACCCUGAGAUCAAAGUGACCAUAUUCACCUUGUUUCUGGUGGUUUAUUUCAUUAUUCUUGUGGCAAAUCUUGGAAUGAUCAUUUUAAUAAGAAUGGACUCCCAGCUUCAAACACCAAUGUACUUUUUCCUCAGCCACCUCUCCUUCUGUGACCUCUGCUAUUCCACAGCAGUUGGGCCCAAGAUGCUGGUGGACCUCUUAGCCAAAGACAAAUCAAUUUUUUUCUAUGGCUGUGCUCUGCAGUUCUUCAUCUUCUGUAUCUUUGCAGAUUCUGAGUGUCUCCUGCUGGCAGUGAUGGCCUUUGACAGGUACAAGGCCAUUAGCAACCCCUUGCUCUAUACAGUCAACAUGUCCAGCAGGGUGUGCUCCAUGUUUAUGGUUGGUAUUUAUCUGGUGGGCAUAGUGGAUGCUUUGAUACACACCACGUUAACUUUCCGCUUAUGUUUCUGUGGAUCAAAUGAAAUUAAUCAUUUCUUCUGUGAUACUCCUCCGCUUCUGUUGCUAUCUUGUUCAGAUACACAGGUCAAUGAGUUAGUGAUAUUCAUUGUUUUUGGCUUCAUUGAACUGAGUACCCUUUCAGGGGUUUUAGUUUCUUACUGUUACAUCAUCCUCUCAGUCUUAAAGAUCCACUCUUCUGAGGGAAAGUUGAAAGCUUUCUCCACCUGCACUUCUCAUUUAACUGCUGUUGCAAUGUUCCAAGGAACUAUGCUCUUUAUGUAUUUCCGGCCAAGUUCUUCCUACUCUCUAGAUCAAGACAAGAUGACUUCAUUGUUUUAUACCCUUAUUAUUCCCAUGUUCAACCCCCUGAUAUACAGCCUAAGAAAUAAAGAUGUGAAAGAAGCUUUGGAAAAACUGAAAAAUAAAAUGCUGUUCUAAAUAUUUACACAUAUGAGGAGUGGUAGUUUUCUUCAAAUCAUAUAGUGAAGUGUCAUGUGCUCUCAAAUUCUUUAGUACAAUGAGUAUUCAUUCAAAUUCUCUACUGCACCAAUUACUAGGUACUUUGCUAAAUAUUUUUUUUUUCCUAAAUAAGCUAUACUUUCUUAUCUGUCUUCAAUUUAAAUAUAGUACUGUCUAAUUUUAGAAAACUUUCCAGUCUCCUUAUUAAAGUAUGAAAAUUUGACUUGUUCAAUUUUUGUUUUAAUGCAUUAACUGAAUUAUUCUAGGAGUUAUUGAUCGUUUAUUUAACAUCUACUAUACUUCUUGACAUUUUGUAUUUUAUGGCCAAUCCAGUGAUUACUAUACUAAUGGAUUCUAUAAUACAGUGUAAAUGGCGAAUUUAUUUAGGUAAUAAUUCAUAACAAACUA